GAGGCCAAAACUUUCCGGCUGCUUUCAGUACUUACCUCCCAGUGUGUCUGCCCCCUCCACCAGCAGCCUCCUCUUUUCAGAAAGCCAACAGAAGCUUAAGAUGCUCCCAGUGCCUGGCACUAUGCUAGGUGCUUUCAUAUGCAUUUUCUCUUGAAAUUUUCCCAACAACCCUACUAAGGAGGCACUAGCUCUAUGUCACAAAUGGUGAAACUGGAAACUCAGAGAGGUUCAGAUUCUUACCCAAGACCACACAGCUGGAAUUAGAACCCAGAUGUCUGGCUCCAAAGCCCAUGAUCUUUCCACUUUAUCAAACAGUUCUUCAGGUUCCCGCUUCCCCAGCCUUUAACCUGCACCCCGUCUCUCCUACAUACACCAUCUUUGACUCUUCCCAGCGGGUGCCCAGAUUGGCCUGACCCAGGAGAUUAACAGCUUACUCUCCCGGCCAAGCCGGCUGCCCCUGGGAACUUCUGCACCUUCAACAUCCAGCCCAAGGUGCCCUCUCCUUCCGCCACUGACUCCACGGCCCUUGUAAUAGGUCACACAGCACAGAGCACACUGCCCUGGUAUCCAGCAGGUGCUGAAUUAGUAUCUGUCGCCCGCUGUCCUUGUUGGUUUGCCUUUCUCCUGUCAUAAAGCUCCUGGACUAGCGACCUGAUUUUAUGCAUCUAGGUGUCCUCAGUGCCCAGCCCUGAGCCAGGCACAUAAAAUGUGAAGGAACUGAUUGAACGGACUAAGAAUUCCUGGAUGGGUCAGGGAACUCGCCUUCGGACAGGGUGAAGAAAGCACGGCAGCUCAGCCCACAGCCCCCACCUGGAAAGGACGGACAGGCGGCUGCGGAGAGCGCGUCCGCGCCCAGCAGGUGGCGCCGCAGCAGCGAGGCUCCGGGCCCGUCCGGCCCGGCCGGGGACGCGGCGCGCAGUCACGCAGCCCCUCUUCCUUCCGCCGGGGCGGCCCAGCUGGCCCGGAUCCGCGCACUGCCGGGCGCCCCGGGCGCGUGUGUGCCGGAUCUCCCGGCGCCCUGGCCGCUCCCCGCCGCAGCGGGCGUCAUGGCGCUCCCCGGGACCAGGGCCCGCGGCUGGGCGGCAGCGGCCAAAAUGGCCCAGAGGCGCCGCCACGCGGAGGCCGCGAGAGGAUCCCCGAGUCGUGCGUCCCAGGGCUCGCGCGCGGCGCUUUACGUGCACUGGCCGUACUGUGAGAAGCGUUGCAGUUACUGCAAUUUCAACAAAUACAUCCCCCGCGGCGUGGAGGAGGCAGCCAUGCGGAGCUGUCUGGUGACUGAGGCUCAGACGCUGCUGCGACUCAGCGGGGUGCAGAGGGUGGAAUCUGUGUUCUUUGGUGGGGGCACCCCCAGUCUGGCCAGUCCCAACACCGUGGCCGCUGUCCUGGAGGCGGUGGACCAGAUAAGUCACCUGCCUGCAGACUCCGAGGUCACAUUGGAGGCCAACCCCACUUCGGCCUCAGGCUCCAAGCUGGCAGCUUUUGGGGCAGCAGGGGUCAACAGGUUGUCCAUCGGCCUCCAGUCCCUGGAUGACACUGAACUCCGGCUGCUGGGGCGGACGCACUCGGCCAGCGAUGCUCUCCAGACACUGGCAGAGGCGCGGCGCCUCUUCCCCGGCCGCGUGUCUGUGGACCUGAUGCUAGGGCUGCCCGCGCAGCAGGUGGGGCCGUGGCUCGGGCAGCUGCAGACGCUGCUGGGCUGCUGUGACGACCACCUCUCCCUCUACCAGCUGACCCUGGAGCGGGGCACUGCACUCUUCACCCAGGUGCAGCGGGGCACCCUUCCUGCCCCUGACCCUGAGCUCACUGCUGAGAUGUACCAGGAGGGACGGGCCGUGCUCCGGGAGGCCGGCUUCCGCCAGUAUGAGGUCUCCAACUUCGCCAGGAAUGGGGCGCUCAGUACCCACAAUUGGACUUACUGGCAGUGCGGUCAGUACCUUGGCAUUGGGCCAGGGGCCCACGGGCGAUUUGUGCUCCAGGGGGCUGGGGGCCACACCCGGGAGGCACGGAUCCAGACUCUGGAGCCAGACAACUGGAUGAAAGAGGUGAUGCUGUUUGGACACGGCACCCGGAGGCGUGUCCCCCUGGGCCAGCUGGAACUGCUAGAGGAAGUUUUGGCCAUGGGGCUACGUACAGAUGUGGGGAUCACUCACCAGCACUGGCAGCAGUUUGAGCCCCAGCUGAACCUAUGGGACGUGUUUGGAGCAAGCCGGGAGGUGAAGGCACUGCUAGCACAGGGCCUGCUGCUGCUGGAUCACAGGGGUCUUCGGUGUUCCUGGGAGGGUCUCGCUGUGCUAGACUCUUUGUUGCUGACCCUCCUGCCUCGACUCCAAGAGGCCUGGCAACAGAGAACCCCCUCGCCUGUGCAAGGAGGAUGACCAGACGUUCGUGUGUCCCAGGACCAGGCCAGGCUUGCAGCUGCUGUGUCUGCUGGUGCCAGGACUUGGUGUCUCUGUUUUCCCUCCCAAAGAGGCUCCAGCAGUGAGGCCAUCGACUUCCUGGGACAGGACUUCAUGCUGCAAAGAAAAUCCUAUUACUGAAAUAAUAGGAUUGCUGUUGGUGUUCGUGGCUCCCCGUCCCCAAGAAUUCAUACCUGGAAACCGAAUCCCCAGUGUGAUGGUAUUAGGAGGUGGGACCUUGGGGCCACGACUAGGUCACGAUGGUGGAGCCUCAGUGCCUUUCUAAAAGAGACCGCAGAGGAUUCCCUGGCUCCGUCCACCACAUGAGGACAUGGAGAGAAGAUGGAUGUCUGCAGACUGGGAAGUGGCCCCCCACCAGACCCCAGAUCUGCUGGCACCCUGAUCUGGGACUUCCCCACCUCCAGAACUGAGCAAUAAAUAGUUAUCGCUUAA